UGGAACUACACUUUGAGCAGUUUAAAAUUGAUGUACGUCGUAAUUAAGGAAUUUCGUUAACUCUAGGCGGUUCAUUAAGAAGUGUUCUCGGAACGUUGAUUUAAAUCUGUAGUGGUAAAUCAGCAAAAAAGUGUCAAGUGAGAGAUAAGAGAAUAAGAUGGGCUGCAACACUAGCAAGGAUUCUGUACCCCUGGCCGAGAGCGAGAAUAAGGAGAACCAAGAAGGGGCCGGAGGAACAACGGAGGAUAAAAAUACAGAGAAUCCGAAUGAAGGGGAUGAGAACCACGUGAACGAAUCGGGCGACACCAAGUCUAUUUCGGCCAAGACGAUAACGCUACGGUCCAACGGGACAGCCAAGUCGUUGGAAGAAACAGAGGCCGCAGACAGCAAACGCAAAACCCCAGAAGGAAAAGACACGGACUCCAAGGACCAGCCCGACGACGAGGAGCAGGCGGCUACGAAGAUCCAGGCAGCGUUCAGGGGUCAUAAGACGAGGCAGAGCAUGAAGCAGCCAGCGGGGACGGCGAGCCAGGCGGCCCAGCAGGCCGAGCCCGAGCCCACCAGGGAGCAGCUCGAGCAGGAGUUCCGGCUCGACGACGCCGAACUUUGCCAAGCUGCUACCAAAAUCCAGGCUUCUUUCAGGGGUCACAUGACGAGGAAGCACGAAUCGGAAGCGAAAAAACAUGAAGAGAAAAAAGAGAAAGACGACGCCGACGAGGAUCUGGACGUAGACCUAUCGGACCCAGACCUCAACAAGGCGGCGGUGAAGAUCCAGGCCUCCUUCAGGGGCCACCUGGUGCGCAAGGAGCACGACGAGGCCGAGCCCGCCGCCAAAAAAGACGACGCCGACGAGGAUCUGGACGUAGACCUAUCGGACCCAGACCUCAACAAGGCGGCGGUGAAGAUCCAGGCCUCCUUCAGGGGCCACCUGGUGCGCAAGGAGCACGACGAGGCCGAGCCCGCCGCCAAAUAAGUGGCCGCCUCUUUAAACAUAUAUCCAAGAAAAGAUACUCAUUAUUCCGUGUUGAGAACACACUUGUGAUCCUUUCAUAUACCUAUCUUAAUACAUUGUAAGCUUUACUUCAUUUUUACCCACCUACCUUGUGGAAUUGUGGUACUUAGAGUUGAAAAGGCAGAUCGGUGCUCCUCCGACAUGUUUUCGAAAGAAUUUCCAAUGAUUAACCUCUUUGUUUUUGAAAUACAGGGCCUUUGUUUGCAUUUUUACAAAGGGUGCUUUGAAAACAAAACAUCCGACUGCUACUUCAAACAAAAUUUUGACAGUUCAUUGACAGUGUCAAAGUGCGGAUAAUUAAAAAUGCAAAUUUCACAUGCGUUAUAGCGAGACGCGUUUCGAACUUAUUGAUUUAUUUAAUUUGGAGAAUAUCUGGCUUCGUUUCAUGCGAAAGUUGCAUUUUUAUUCAUCCGAACUUGAACAUUGUUAAAUUAACAGAACUGUCAAAGUUUCGUUCGAAGUUAGUCGGAUGUUUCGUUUCCAAAGCACCCUUUCUGAAAACGAAUAAUUUGAUAUUUUGGCAAAAGCAAAGGAAGAAACCGUAUCGUAUGAUGCAUCGUCGUAAUAAAAAAAAUACUUUGAAUAAUAAAAAAAUUGAAAAAUUCAGUACGAUAACAGACAUUUUACAUUCAAAAAUGUCAAUUAUCCCCAUUUGCGAAAAAUUCAACUCUGAGUAUUCAAUUUUCACUAAUAAUGUCCAAAAGACCAGUAAUUACCACAUUUACGAUACAAACAAUUUUACCACGGGCCAUUUUACUCUCUAGGUACCUAUUUAUCGAUAUACAGGGUUUUGGUUUAGUGGCUACCGAGAGAAACUGCUGUAGGAAUAUAAUUUUUAGCCGUGGCGCAUUUAACCCGACGGAUUUUUAUCGAUUUUGCAAUAAAAGGAAUUACACGCAAUAAGGUCUAAUAUCAGAGCAUGUUUUCGUUUGAACUUGCACGUAAACGGCGGAACAGAAUAAUGAUUAUUAAAAAAAAUAAAAUAACGUAUUCGAAUGAUAUUAAUGGAAGAAUAAAACGGAAUUCGGUCACUAAUUAGUUCUGGGACAAUGGAACGUAUUUUAUUAAAACAAUUUUGCAAAGUAAACCAUGGAAUUCGGUGCGAAACAAUUGAAUGUCGCCAUUUUGACAUUCUGCAGUUGCUGUGCAGAAUGUUGUGUCGUUCUGGGUGAAAUCUACCGCCCCAGUGAAAAUAAAACAUGUAAGUUCUUUAAAAGCUACUUUUAGUAGAAAUUAUUACCGUACGGGUGAGACUGUUUAGAAUUUUCCCGUUCGAAUAUCGAUUUUCGCUUAUUUUAUUGUUUUGUUUGUCACCGCAUUAAAAUUGCCAUAAUCAAAAUACAAAGGGUGAAAUCAAAUUAAAAAUUCUAUAAUUAUAAUUUAACCAUCGCUUUCUCCGAAUCGCCUACAGGGUGUUUGGAAAUUGACGACCCUUCGAACACUUUUUGAGGUAUUUGAAUUAAAUUUGGUAAAGGGGAAUUUUUGUGGUACUCGAUUGAACAUUUCGUUUCGGAAACAGAGGGCGCCAAGAAUAACAAACCGUCCUUUGUUUUACGCCACAUUUUUUGAGAAAUCGCUUAAUUCUUAUGAAAUAUCGUUUUAUUUAUCAUAAAAAGGGAAAACUGGAGUUACAAAGCUGAAUAUUUGGCGAUUCCAAUCUAAUUAAACGCCACUCUUUUGUUAAACGCGUACCUUUGUGAAACCUUUUAGAUCAAGUUCCAAAGUCUACGUCUACUGAGAUAUAAGUGUCAGUGUUGCGAGAAACAACUACUCCUUUUAGAUCAAGUUGCCUCAGUUCCAAAGUCUACGCCUACUGAGAUAUAAGUGUCAGUGUUGCGAGAAACAACUACUCCUUUUAGAUCAAGUUGCCUCAGUUCCAAAGUCUACGCCUACUGAGAUAUAAGUGUCAGUGUUGCGAGAAACA